GUCUAUUGGAGAAGGAAGCCGAUGUGGCACGCUGGCAAACUACUCGUGCCAACAACACUUGAUACCGUACUGAGUGAAAACGGACGAAUCAAGCAGUAGCCUACUUGUAGUCUGCUCUAGAUGUAGUAACACUUGACAAGAAAAGUUAGUACAGUGAAAUUCAUUUAGUACUUGAAUUCUGUCAUCAAGGUAGUUGUCAACGAACGUGAUAUUAUGUAAAAUGGACUUAUCAUACAACGACCUUGUUAAAAUUUGAUACUGUAGUUCUGCUAUGAAUCUAUUUCAACUGUCAUCAAUCAAUAAUCAUUACUGAAAACUUUAGUUUCGCAAAAAAUAAAGUUUGUCAGUAUGGCAUAUGCUGCCUCAAUGAUUAAAUUGUAUCUAUUGCCGGCUGUUUUUCUGUUCUUUGGAAGUGUUCAUUGUGAUCUGAAUCUUCAAAUAUUGCACAUCAACGAUUUCCAUGCCCGCUUCGAGCCAGUGGAUGCCCAAUACUCGAGCAGAUGCCGCCAGGGGGAGGAGAGCACUUGUGUCGGAGGAGUAUCAAGAAUUUACAGCCUCACGAAAAAAAUCAAAGACCAGUUCAGUAAUACUUUAGUUUUGAAUGCUGGUGAUAACUAUCAAGGAACACUCUGGUACACUUUAUUCAAGUGGAAUGUGACUGCUGAGUUUCUGGGCAAAGUGCCAUUCGACGUUAAUGUAGUGGGAAAUCAUGAUUUUGAUGAUACAAUUUCUGGACUAAUACCGUUUCUCAAGAAUGUACCAUUUCCAUCUGUAGUGGCCAACAUAGACAUGACAGAUGAACCCAGUCUCAAACCAUUCAUAAAGAAGUCGAAAGUUCUUGAAAGAAGCGGACGAAAGAUAGGCGUUAUUGGAUAUGUUCUACAAAAGUUUCCAGAAAUGUCUAGGACAGGGAAGCUGAAAUUCUCUGAUGAAGCUACAGCUGUUGCAGAGGAAGCUUCAAGACUCAAAGCAGAGGGAGUUGACAUAAUAAUCGCUCUAUCUCAUGCAGGAAUUGAGAAGGAUAUCGAAGUUGCUAAGAAGGUAGAUCUUCUGGAUGUCAUAGUUGGGGGACAUUCUCAUACAUUCAUGUAUACAGGAACUCCGCCAUCCAAUGACACACCAAAAUACGAGUACCCAUUUGUAGUUGAGCAGGACUCGAAAAGGAAGGUUCUUGUGGUUCAAGCUGGCUCCUAUUCACGAUAUCUGGGCUUUCUGAAUGUGACAUUCGAUGAUUUGGGAGAGGUGAAAAAUUACAAUGGAAAUCCCAUCUACCUGGACAAAAAUAUUCCUUCAGAUCCUGAGAUGGAUAAGAAGUUGAAACCUUGGAAAGUAGCUGUUGAUCUGAAAGGGAAUCAAAAGCUUGGAAUGACGAAGGUGGAUUUGAAUGUGAGGGAAGGCGUUUGCUACAGGGAAGAAUGCAACAUGGGAAACUUCGUAACAGAUGCCAUGGUCCACAGUGUAAGUAUCAUUGGCUUAGCUGGAUCCAAUUGGCCUACAUCAACUUUCAACUUCAACCAAUUCGCAUCCAUUAUUGUUACAGACAUUACAUAUGCAGAUGUCCUAACAGUGAUGCCUUUUGAGGGAACAAUUGAUGGAGUCCUAGUUAAAGGAAAAACAUUGAUCAAGGCAAUUGAACACACAUUCAAGGCGCAAAACUUUCUACAAUGGGCAGGAGCAUACAUGGAAUUGGAUCCUCAUGCACCUGAGGGCCAGCGAGUCAAAGCUCUAAAGCUGACAUGUACAGAAUGUUCGGUUCCUGAGUUGAUAUCUGUAGAUAUGAACAAGUAUUAUAAUGUUUUGAUGCCCUCAUUUAUUUACCACGGAGGAGAUGGAUUCGUCAUGUUUGCUGAGGAAGGCGUCAAUCAUACAGUUGGUGGCAUUGAUAAUGAAGCUUUUAUUGAGUUUAUAAGAAGGAAUGCUCCAAUAACGUAUGGUAUAGAAGAGAGGAUCAAUCUGAUCCAGCCCAUGAAGCAUUCACAAAGAGUUUCUGAAUUGCCAAAGUGA